UGGAUUUCUCUCUGCAAAAGUUGUUUUUGAAACUUUUUGUUUGUUUGUUUGUGUCCUGUAACUGGAUGGGGAUUUUUUUAAAGAUAUCCUAAACUUUUCUAUCUGAAUCAUUCCCAUCGGGAGAAGACAUCUGUCCAGCGGGUCUGGCCGGGAUGCGGGUGGUCGUGAUUGUAAACUGAGCUCCAGAUAAGAGACGUGGAAGCAUCGCCCGCAUCCUUCCCUUUGUCUUCGUCGCAUCUCUGCCUCUUCACCAGGCUGUCUCUGGGAUGUAAGAGGACACUCAAGCCUUGUGGUGUGUUUUUUCCUCCUCUUUUCAUUCGUAAAGGAAUUAACUUUUUUCCCCCCGAGGACAAACUAUGGCGAGCUUUUUGCUGGACUUGCGUCUUCCUCUGGUUUUAUUCGGAUUAUUUUUGCUCUCUUUUCCAUCCGCAAGAGCCGAGCCGGAGCUGCAGGACGAAGAGGAGCAGGAGAGCUCCUGUCAAGGCGCCUUUGACCUCUAUUUUGUGCUUGAUAAGUCUGGCAGUGUGAACAAUCACUGGGAGGAAAUCUACUACUUCGUGGAGAACUUAGCUGAGAAAUUCAAAAGUCCCAUGCUGAGGAUGUCCUUCAUAACAUUCUCGUCCAGAGCAUCCACCAUUAUGAAGCUGACGGAAAACAGAGUGGACAUCAGAAAGGGGCUCAACGCGCUGAAAAGAGAGAUUCCUGGUGGAGACACGUUCAUGCACCUUGGAUUGCAGAGAGCAAACGAGCAGAUACACCAGGAGAACUUUGGCACGGCCAGCGUGAUUAUUGCACUAACGGACGGAGAGCUGCAGGAACACCAGCUCAUCACUGCACAGCAAGAGGCAGAGAGAGCCAGGUCUCUUGGAGCGAUUGUGUACUGUGUUGGAGUCAAAGAUUUCAACGAGACACAGCUGGCCACCAUUGCAGACACCAUUGAGCAUGUGUUUCCUGUGCUGGGUGGCUUCCAUGCCCUCCGGGGAGUCAUUGAUUCGAUCAUCAAGAAAUCCUGCAUUGAGAUUUUGGCAGCUGAGCCGUCCAGUGUGUGUGCAGGAGAAUCUUUUCAAGUGGUGGUGAGAGGAAACGGUUUUCUGCAUGCCAGAAACAUCAACCAGGUGCUCUGCAGCUUCAAAAUCAACGAUACCAUUACAGUCAAUGAAAAGCCGGCCGGCGUAGAAAACACAUUCUUACUGUGUCCAGCUCCAGUCGUCGAUGAAGUUGGGAAGGUGAUUUAUCUCCAAGUGAGCAUGAACGACGGUCUGUCCUUCAUCAGCAGCAACGUGCACAUCACCACCACAGAGUGUUUUGAUGGCACCAUUCUCCUGAUCACCUUGCUGGUGUUGUUCCUCCUGCUGGCCCUGCUCUUCAUGUGGUGGUUCUGGCCUCUCUGCUGCACUGUGGUGAUUAAAGAACCACCUCCUCCACCUCCUCCUGAGCCCGAGUCAGAUGAUGAAGACGGCCUGCCCAAGAAGAAGUGGCCCACUGUGGACGCCUCAUAUUACGGAGGAAGAGGAAUCGGAGGGAUCAAGAGGAUGGAGGUGCGCUGGGGAGGGAAGGGUUCAACUGAAGAGGGGGCUAAGCUGGAGAAGCCGAAGAAUGCGGUGGUGAAAAUGCCGGAGCAGGAGUACGAGCCCUUUGAACCCAAACCGAAGAAAGCUCACAACAAGAAGGCGCCUCAGAACCGGAAGUGGUACUCGCCCAUCCGGGGUAAACUGGAUGCUAUCUGGGCUCUGUUUCGCCGCGGGUACGACCAGGUCUCCCUGAUGAGACCCCAGCCCGGGGAUCAUGGUCGAUGCAUCAACUUCACACGAGUGAAAGAGGAGUCAGCUGCAGCCAAGGCCCAACCUCGGACCCCGAUCCACACGCCCUCGCCCCCACCACCGGACUACCGCCCUGUGACCCGCACCACCUCCUCGUCUCCCACCCCGAUCAGCCCUCCUACCAGAUCACCCCCGUCAGGCCAGGUACCCCCAGGACCGCCGCCCGCCCGCAUACCCCCAGGGCUUCCCUGUCCACCGCCAUCGCGUCCCCCGCCCAGCCUUCGACCCUGAAUCACAAAGACAAACCCCUCCCGCCCCCCCCAACGCACCCGCUUCGAUAUCACAGACUUACCGCUCUGUUGACCAGUUCCUUCAGUUUGAAGGUCGUGGUCCUCGCUGCCAAAGAUACUCCUGCUAUAAGCCAAAGAUCAGCAGUAUUUUGAAUCCCAGUCGCCCUGUGUGCCUCCUCUUGUAUGGGAAAGAGUGUCGAGUUCAAACAUGCUACCACCCAGUAUGACACAUUCUGGAGGAAAAAAAGUAGGAAUACCAGGGAAACUCAUGAAAACUGGGGUUUUUCCUGUUCUUAAUGCUUUCUGGCUUAUUGUUUACGUGCAAAGAGGUGAGUGGACCCACAAAAAAUUGGAAAAGGUAAUUUUGUACAGGGCGUGAGUAUCUGCUAAUGAGCAAGAAAAGUGGGUUUGACGAGCAGUUUGACUCGACAUUCUGUCCCAGACUGAGGGUGAAUGGGGAGAUUUGGGGAAAUAUUUUACUUAGUGUUGGCGUUUUGUGAGAUCAGGGAGGAUUGUUGCUGGACAGCAAAGCAUGUAGGGACAGGAAGUCCACAGAAGAAUACUGCAAUGGAUGAAAUUUCUUUGUUGUCUUUAUCAACUACUGAGUCAGGCCAUUGCUGUCGAGAGUUAAGGUGAAAAGUAGGUUGUACAUGAAAAUCUGACUAACCACAUUAAACUUGCUAAGCAGAAUGGAUCGGUUUAUGUUUCCAUUGCUGUGAUGGUGAAUCAGAGGUUUUAGAAAUUAGAUUUCAAAAGGAUUUCAAUAGGCCGUGUUGUUAAUGGUGUUGAGUAACUAAGAUAAAAGUCUGAUUUGCCAAAAAACGUAAUUUCUGGACAUUGUUAGUUGUUCUCAGUGCCAAAGGGAUUUUUUUCUUCACCUUUUUGUGAUGUUUCUUUUCUCCAACAACAUGCCAACCCAACAAAUUGCAGCCCUUUAAUAUACAGAAAGUAUACAGUUCCAUGAUUUUGUGGUCCAGUUCUUGAACCAUUCAGUGACAGGGAAGUGUACAGAUGUUCCGUGGAAGGUAUGUUUUUACAAUAUGUGUUUGUGUUAUGAAUGUUUCGUUGGUUGAUAUCUUUGAGGCUUUGGAUUUUGUCCUUAACCACCUUUUCAUGUAGUUGAAUUUAGAAUACAGCGAUAUAUAUUUUUGUUUCAUUUGGAUUUUUUUUGUUUUGUUUUGGUAUCUGCGCACAUAGACUGUUGGGCUGUUACAGUACAUAUUUGUUUUUGUUAGCAUUUUGACAUUGAAACGUAUGAAAUCGAGCAGAUAGAAAUCAGGUUAAACGUCUCUCCUCACAGUUUUUAUACACACUCCUGAUACUGUACUUUGAUACCAAUAUGUGUAUUUUAUGUCUUCAGUUUUAUCAUCACCGGUCACAUUGCAACUGCAGGGCAGUUCAAAGAGCAUCUAAUUUAUUUUACUCCCCGAGAGAAACAGAGGAGAGUACUUGAAUAUCGACAAGGUGUCCAACCACCAAGACGGACACUGUGCGCAGAAUUUAGAAACACAACAGCUAGCCAGUUAAAAGUCAUAUGAAGCUUACCAGCGUUUCUCGACCCCUCAGCUACACUGAAACACUUUCCAGCAGGUGAAUAGACGCUGUGCAACAUGUGCGUGUUAGCAGUGACUACAUGCUAAAUCGCGGGGAGAACUGGGAAACCCCCUCCAACACCACGAAAGAACCAUGAGACUUUAACGUUGCGGUGUAGAAAAGAGGUUGAAAAGUGCUGGUAUUCCUUUCACAUCCAGUGACUUCUGGAAUGUUCUUCUUGUUUGAUUUUUUUUAUACUUUCAUUUUGAUGUACGUCAUUCAGUUAUGUCGUGUACCGUUGUCUUUGCACAAGCAAUCAUUAAUCUGCGUCGGAGCUUAAACCUGAGCUAAAAGAGAGGUGCAUACGUUCAUCCACCAACCAUCCACACGACCUUUAUAUUCCACUGAAAAUGCCAUUUGACUUUUAAAUUGCCACAUCUCAUUUACAUGGCAAUACAUACUAUGACACAGAUGUCUUUGAGACAACAUACCUGUUUGUUAGCAUUAAGGUGAGACCACCAGGAAUUGGAUUUUUCCAUACAAAAGUCAACCGUUUACAGAUUCCCAAACCCAGCAAGACAAUCGUGUUACAUUGUAAUGUGAUGCACCAUCGGACUGCGCCUUGGUUUGACUUCCUCCUCCUGCUCAUCUCACGGUGUUGGGAGAAUUAAGUUCUCUGGGACAGGAAACCGGAGCACAUCCCAUCACCUUAGUUGAGAUUUAUUUAUCGUGCAUAUGAGAGAGGAGGAGUGGAUGUGUUUAAACUUUGUUACAUAAGCAUGAUCACGUUGAUUUGAAAGCUUGGACAGAAAUGCAAAGUGUCGCUUUGCUCUCAGCAGUGUGCAUUUCUUUGUUUUAUCUCUCUGCUCUGAUCAGAACAUACAGAUGUGGCUGGUUGAUGUUCCACUUGUUA